AUGCAGCGCAACACCCGUCUCCCAGUUGAAGUUACUGAGAUCAUUCUCCUAUACGUCUACGAAGACUUGGGCAAAACUCCCCCUCACCUCGUUAACACAGCCGAUCGUAGUCAUACUAACUAUGCCUCACUUACUUGGCUCUUGGGCCUCCGAUUACUGGGCCGAGACUGGGCUGAUCUGAUCAUGACCUACAUUUUUCGCGAGCUUGACCUACGAUGGUCCUUCUUGGCUUCGAAUUUGCUAAAGCGGCAAAACCAAUCUUUCGUCUUUCGCGGCAUGCAACAUUUACGCCGAUUGAGCAUCGGUCACGUUUUCUAUUCAAAUCCAAACCUUGUGUAUUCUAACUAUCUUGGUGUCGAACUCGAGUUGCAACCGUACCAUUACCCAUCGUCUGUCAUUUAUAUGCACGACAUCGAACGAAUUCUCGAGCUUUGUAUACACAAUUUAACCGAGUUAAAGCUUGGAUUCGUUGGUUCCGUUGGCUUUUCUGAAGCGGUAGUGGAAACCGCGAAACGCGCCUCAAAUCUCAAAGUCCUUAUCCUUGGUUCGACACUAGCUCGGCGCCACGAUAACGGCUCUGAAUCUAUCCAUGCCCGUCGCAUUAAGCACGAUUACGACUCUUUGAUUGCCCUGCUCAAUGAGGUCCCCUCAUUAGAGUCGCUGUCACUCAACUUUCUUUCACUAUUCAGCUUACAUGUCACUCCCGGUUCGCUCCCCAAUCUACAACACUUAUUUUUUCUUAGUGACGAAUCAAAUACCCACGCUGUGGUUAACUUUUGCCGACUCUAUGCCCAAAAACUCAAAUAUUUAGAAUUUUCUUCAUCAAAUGAUAGAGAAGCAGCGGGUUUGGUAGUAUUCUCCAUUUGGAAUUCGAUUGAAGUACUCUCGGUAGAUGCAUUCCCCUGCCGUACCCCGGAAACACUAUUUGCGUACAAGUUCUGCCGACUUCGCGUUUUACGAUGUACUUCUUCCCACAUUCCCACUACUAAACUUGAAUGGUUGCAAUGCCCUUUUUUCAGCACUAUUGAGAUUUUUAUCACGAACUAUGCGUCAUCCAAGAAGAACUGGGAAGACAUCUUGGCCGGCAUACAACAAAAUCCCACCAUUCGCCCCGCCAGCCUCAAGCACAUCAUCUUCAUAACAAGCAGCAAGUCAGCGCUUCAAGACCGUGACUUAGUUCAGGCAUUUCAAGCGCAAAACUUAACUUGCCACUUCAGAGGCGGGAUGACAUACGCUGACGUAUUAGAAGCAAACGUUUGGGUCAAAAAUCAAAUAGCCCGAUUGACAUACUGA